AUGGCUGACGCAUCCUCAAACCUGUCUGUUUCUCCUUCGCUAUCGGCGGACAGCCAGCAGCUUGACGACCAGUCCCUCGAGGCAGGCCUGGGUGGCGAGCAGCGGAAAACGAGCGAGAUCAGGUGUACAAACUGGGAUGCUCCGGAUAAAGCAGAUGGGCCGCAGCCUGCCUGCACAGACGGUGACGUAGGCUGCGUGGAAAGCGACGCAGCUCCUAGACGUCCUGACGAUCCUCUUCGUUCUUCGUUGGCCGCGUUCUCUGCGUCGUGUUCCUCGUCGUCUUCGGGUUCGGCGUCCUCGGCUUCCUCUGCGUCUCAUGGUUCACCAUCUUCCGCGUCUUCAAAGAGAUCCAGUCAACCAAGUGAACAUGCACGUGAAGGCGAAAUAAUGAAGGCGACCAGGGAAGGUGACGAGGCGGGAGAGGACGCACCGGUCGUCUCGCGUCGGUCAUCUGGUUCAUCGAAACACGAUGUCGGAAAGUGUGCAGCUGCCUUGGCCCUUGCCUGCUCUGCCUCCUUGACUUCCGUUUCCCCACCUUGCUCGCCUUCCUCUUCUUCCUUUCCCUCUUUCGUUUCUUCCUCGCCGUCGGUGCUGGAAGAGAAUCGGACGGUGGACGAAGGUAACGCACGAAAGACAGCAGAAGACGCGGCAAGCUGGGCGGCGGCUGCGAGCGAGAACGGCGUCCCUGGGCCGCCACGUUGCCCACAAGGCCAGGCGGGAUCUGGGGACGAACGACGUGGCGAGGGGGAGGGAGAAAGGAGAGGCGAGGAAAGCGAAGGGGGGAGCGGGGAAGAACGCGUCUCCAUAUCGCGCAGAUCCCCGCGUGGAGACGUGCCUGCCACGACGCGAACAUCCGAGGAAGGCGAGCAAGGAGACCUCUCUACAGCUCGAAGUCGCAUGCGUGAGGAAACAUGGCCGACGUCUUCCGCAUCGCCAAAUGAUGGCAUAGACCGACAGGACAAAGCGGAAAUCGCCUCGUCCAGUGGCGUCCCUGAUUCGAACAUCCAGGCGUCCUCUCCGCCCAUUUCGUCCACAGGCUUCACGCCCUUCUCUCUCCCGAGGCUCCAGGCGGAACCAAACAGGCGCGGAUCCCCAGAGGGAAGACGUGAAAGAGACGCGAAGGCAGCUGCGUCGGACAGCUUGCCUGCUGAGUUCGAGAGCGGACCGGCACGUGGCGAGUUCGCGGCUGACUCUGGGAGAACUGCGAAGGAAUCGGGGGCUCUCGACCCGCCAGGCGGAAGAGCCAUAGCCAGAAACGCCUGUGGCGAAGAGAACGGAGAAGGGGUCCGCCCUGCUCCCAAGACGUCCACUGAGGCACAUCAGGCCGAGGGAGGCAGAGCGGCCUCGGGUCUGGGCGAAUGCUCAGUUCGGUUCGCGGUUCCGCUCGAACCGACCGAGGAGGGGGAAGCGAGCAAGAGGGGUGGAGCAAGCGCGCCUUUAGAGGUCGGGCUGACAGAAGGAGAAGAGAUCAGAAAUGCUGGGGACUCUCAGGUCCCCCAGAGCGAGGACGACUCUGAGAAAGACGACGAGGCAGAUGAAGACUCCGGAACGGGCGUUUCGCCCCUGUGGACCGAGCAAGACCGCGAAGGCAUCGCGGCGAUUCUCCGUGCCUCGCCUGGCGAGACGCAGGCCGAAACCACACACCGCCUCUCCUUCCUAACGCGUCUUUGGCAGUACGGCUCUGCUUCCGACUUGCUUUCCUUCUCCGAUGCUGCAGCGGCAGCCCGAGCUGCUCGAUGCCCGGUCCACGCGGGAGAGAGGACGGCAGACCCUUACUCACCACUGGGGGGCCAGGAGCUCUUAGGAACUGGAAACUCGGGGGCAAUGACGCAUGCUCAGGAGACAGGUCAGACCGAUGGGGAGUGGGAUGGACGUCCUGCGACUGCGACACCAGGAGAGACAGGUGUCCCCGACGCGAUAGGGUCCGAGACCUUCGACGCGCAAGAAGCUGAGGGAGUUGUCCGAGCGCUUCGGGUGCUGGAUCGGCGCAUGCAACGGGAGAAAAGGAGAGCAAAGGCUCUGGCUCUCCCCACCGCUCUCGACACGCCGCAUGCCGGCCCAGACGCAUGCGGUCGGAGCGGCGAGACACAAAAGGAAGAAGCGGCUGUUGCAGAACAAUGUCAUCCGAGAACGGAAGGUGAGGACGGGAUGGACCGCCAGCAGAAAGUGCAUGCUGAGCGAGAGACGGGCGGACUUCAGGAGGCGGAAGCCGUCGAGAGAUUCGGAGGUGACAGGAAGGACGCGAAUCCCGGUGCCGAGCCGGGCGGCCACGCAGAGGCCGGACCUCCGCAGGGGAUGUCUGCAUGCCCCCGGCAAGCGGAUCAUCCCUUGAGAAUCUCCGCCUGUGCGGUGACCGAGGAUUUGCAGCGGGGCAUUGUGGGGUCCUCUGAAGGCGUGCUCCUCGUCUUUGACCGGCUGGAGACUUCCCGUCGCGAGAGGCAAUUGGAGGAGACAGAAUCGUGGUCGUCUGAGCUUCCGUUGUUCCCUUCGCUUCUCGCUUCGAGGGCUCUUCGGGGCGGCGAUGAGCAAACCACGUCGAAUUCUCUUUGUGGACACUCUCUGUUUCGUCAACGCCUUGCUGCUGUCCAGAAGAGGGCCGUUGCGCCGUCAUCGUGUGGGGACUCAGAGACGGCAUCGGCACCGUCAAUGUGCUUUUCAGGCGAGCCGCAGAAUAUGUUUCUCCUUCUCGGGCAUGCCGCAGAAAUCUCGGCGAUUUCGUCUGACCUUGCGGGAAAGCAUGUGGCGUCGACAGCGCUAGAUGGGCGUCUCCUCGUUCACCAAGUGCCCGUAUCUCCCCUGCGGACGCAGCGCCCUUCCCAGUCUCCAUCUCCCUCGGUUUGUGAAAGCAGGGGCUCCGACGGGAAGGGAGGAUGUGCGGCGUUUGACUCCUCUGCAGCGUCUGUGGCGAGCAGCCGUGGAAGCAGCAGGCACGAGGGGACAGGAAAGGCUUCUCGGUCCUCUCGAAAUUCUGGCGCAGGGUCCGCGGGACCCGGCAGGUGGGGCACAGUUGCUUCGUCAUUCGCGGCCGCCGCCCUCGGCUCGUCCUCCGCUUUCCCCGCAGCCUUCGUGGCCCCACCGCCUGCCGCCGCAACUCCUCGAGACUCUCUCGCCUCGGUGGGCACGCACCGAGCUUCUUUGUCAUCGACGUCUUCUCACCAGGCGACUGCGCCCGCAAGUCGCGUCUUUGUGGACGAAGAUGAAGGGCGAGAGGACAUGCAGCAGGCGCUGGGAGGGCGAGAGAGGCCGACGUGGGAUGGCUCACGGCACGAUCCACCGCUGGGCCCCGUCGGGGACGCGGGCGACACCCGGGCCGGAGGCGGCGGAGGUGCGGCGAGCGGCGGACGCAGUCAGGAAGCUGGGAGUUUCGCGGAGAAGCGAGGAGGGAGAGAGGAGAAAAGCGGACUGCACGUGGACACGUGCCUUGACAGAGAAGACCAGGGUUUAUCGAAUAGAAGAGCUGAAGCGCUUGACAGCCAGCGAUCGGACCCGCCACCACGAGAGCACGAGGUGUGUAUCGCUAGGAGACGGCGCCAGACUCUGAACUCGGAAGUUUUUCUCGUGCCGCCCCUCUGGUCUGUUGCCUUUCCUCAACCUCUUCUUUCGGUGGCUCUUCAUCCGUUCUACGGAGACUGCAGAGACGCCCCGCUGGCUGGGACCGAUUCGCGGGCGUCCAUCGAUAGGCGGGACCACAGGGGACAGUCGCUCGGCCCCCGUAGUGCUCCGCGCCUCCAGCCCCAGCGUAUCCAGGGAGGCGCGAGACCCGGGGAAUCUCAGUCGAAAGUCCACCGUUUUGCUUCGUUCUCUCGGUUUUCUUCAUCGGCGCGGCCGACGGGGUCGGCAGGGGCUGUUGCUCCCGCCUCCCCAGAUGCGGCUGAACCCUGCGUCUCGCCUGUGCGACAAGCGGUGAUUUGGGGGAGCGCAGACGGACGCCUCGUGCUGCACCGGCGUGGCUUCUUCUACUCCUCCAACAGCCUCGUUCACGCAGGCGAGGGCCCAGUCGUGAGUGUCUCCUGGCGCCGCUCUCUGGUCGCGUGGGCGACGUCUUUAGGUGUGAAAGUCUUGGAUGUCGACAUGCAGCAGAAAGUCACCUUCGUCCCUAAAGACUCUCCGUGCGCGCUGGUGGACGCGCCAGGGACGGCGCCGCUGGGGUGCGGGGCAAGCGCGUCGGCCGGCUCUCGCCCGCCGUUUGAGAGCCGAGAACGAGGAGACAGGCCGGCCCGCCGGGGCGAAGGCCGACAGGACGGGGGCACCGGCGUGACUGCGGAACCCUGUCAACUCGUCUGGGCUGCGGACGACGUCCUCUGCAUCGCGUGGCCGACUCUGGUCCGCGUCGUUUGCAUUCGGUCCCAGGAGUUGUUGGACGCCUCACAGUCGCCAGGGUUGGAGACAGACAGGCCUGGACAGGCUUCUGAGACUCAUGAGCAGGGACAGGGCCCCAACCGGCGAUCCGACACCGCUUAUCGGCGGCUCGACAAUGCGCAGGAAAACGCGAAGAACAUAAGGGGAGUCGGCCACGGAGACAACGGGAUGGCGCCACCGGUGGUCCGUGGGGACCCGAACAAUCAGGCGUCGGGCCUUGAGGCCGGAGGAGCCCACCUAGCGGUCGGACGCAGUCCAGUUCAGGACGCGACAGGGGGAACGGGGAAACUAGUUGUGAAGUUCGCGGAGGUGGUUCUCUCGCUUGCGUUUUCGUGGGAGUCGCCCUUGUGCGGCCUGAUCGUCGCCCCUGUCAGCAGCGGUAGGGUGUUUGAUGAGCUGGGCGGGGUACACCUCGACGAGGGCGGUGGGGCGGGCGCCUGCAGCUGGGCAGUCGCCACCAAGGAAGAGACGAAACGUGCAAACGGAUCUGUGACUGGCUCUCUUGAGGGCGACGGUCCUUCCGCCGGAAGGGGCGACCCAGUCGGCCAACAGGUCGGGCGAAGCCACAGCCGAAUUCUGUUCGCUGCCGUCACGCGUCCGGCUUCUUCCCCGCAGUGGAAUGGCUCUCUGCCCCGUGGGGAUGAUGAGGCAAGGGAAACAGUAGAAGAGAAUAGCUGUCGAGACAAAGUGUCCAGCGCUUUUCUAGGGUCUGCUCCACGGCCCUUCCAGAUCCGUUUUGUGAACGCAGAGGGCGACGUUGUCCGCGUGGAGCCGCUCUCUCUCCCCGUAAGUUAUGAGGGAGGUCGUCCUGCCGAGCGGCGCUUGGAGCCUCGUUCGGGCGGCGAUGCGGAUCGAACGGGGACGGAGACUGCUGAGGCGGCUCCUCUUGCAGGACGACCCUGCAGAGAGACAAAAGUGACGGAAGACGCAGGUCGGCGAAGCGUGCGACGACCGGGGGGGAGCGAGGAGGGCGGCGAGGUGUUGCCUGCGGAGACACGAGGCCUCGAGCGACUGGGGCAGACCCGCAUGGCCAAUGCCCCCUGGCUCGAAGGCGCCUUCCUCACCAGCGAUGCCUCCGUGUGGAUGCUUCGUCCUCGCAACGACGCGGAUCGCGGGCUAGCUCUGCUGUCUGGGAAUCGGCGGCGGUCACCCCGUUGGCUAGCUGAGGUCAUUCGCGUUUCCGGGCGCGUGUCUUGCAGCUUCCAGUCAGCUGUGUGCAGCCGCGUGGUUGUCGAGUUGCUGGCGUCAGGCCGGUCUCUCCUCGCUGCCUCGCUGGUUCCGCUCGUCGCCCCCAGGACGCCAGACCCGACAACGGCGUGGGUCCGCCUCGUCCUUCUGUUCCACUCUGUCGGCGCUCUCCAUCUGUUGCUUCUUUUCCUUCCUGCGCCAGCCCCGCCGUCUUCUCCGGAACAUGCUUUUUCUCCCGCUGUCUACGAGCUCAUCCUGACUCUCUUGGCGUGCUGUCCGCCGCCGCAUGCACCGAAACCGUCGGUCUCUGGGGACAUGCCCGCAUUCGUCAAGAGAGAGGCGACAAAUGCGGAGGCGGGAAGCCUCUCUGGAAACGCUGCGGGCGAGGACGCGUGCGCCGCAGCGCCAGCCGGCCCGCGGAGCCGCUGCUUGCCUUCGAGUUCUUCGCCGGAUUCUCGACGCGCAGCAGGGCGGCGCCGUCCGUCCUCCUCGACUGAAGCCGAGAAGCCUUCGCUUCCUGAAGAGCGGGACGCGGCACACGACGAGGAAAAGGAAGGCGAAGUUGGCAUCCCCUCGUUUGUUCGGAAGGCAGGAAGGGAAGAGCGCAUCUCUCUUGUUCUCGGGCCGUCGGCGACGCGGAGGCGAACCAACACGGAGGCGCGUGAGGAAUCAUCGGCUGCAGAGACAAGUCGCGCCAGAGCAACAGAGUAUGCAGCCGCCUUGUGCUUCGCCGUCCAACACUGGCAGUUGCCGUUCGCGACUGCCCUUCGGCUUCUCAACCGUCUCCGCUGCUUCGUCUUUGGGCAGUCUCCAGUCUCCGAUCUCGCGGUGCCUUCCUUCACGCGAGCGACGGUGGCCGAGCCAGACUCUCCGAGCGACCUUUCGUCUUCCUCCGCGGCGCGCGGCGCUGAAAACACCUCUCUCCUCGCGCUUCUUCUUCCGCACUUUUCACCGGAACCGACGCCCAACUCAGAGGCGAGUCCUGCGGCCACGGCACACAGUGUCUCCGAUUCCGGGGGGCGAGCGCAUGCGCACGCCGCGAACCUUUCAGACCCGCCGGGCUCUCCUUCGUCUGGGGCGGCGCAGCCACCGGCGUGUGCGUCUGAGAACCGUCCGGAAAGGCGUUGGAGCACGGCCCGUGGGAACCAAGCUGCGGAAGCUAUUGCAUGCGCUUUGAGCUUCCCUUGCUUGGGCGUUUGUGGGGGGAAGAAGGCGUCUGCCAGGCCGUGUGCUGCGUGCUGCGUGGACGUUCUUCUCUUGGAGGUUCCUUUGCCUUCGAAGACAGCGGACAAGAACAGAUUUUCAGCCUCACCUGCACUGCCCAGGUCCCUUCCCGCAGGCGCCGGGAUCUGCUCCCCCAGCAGCAAAACGGCGAGUGAUUGGAAAGGGAACAGGAAACGGGAUGCCUUUCUCCUGAGAGCUGCGGCCUCAUUAGCCGUUCCGCUUCUUCUUUUCGACGUGGCCUUCGAUGCGCUUCUCAGACUGCGGUCGCCCGAUGUCUUCUCUUUCCUGGCGAGCUGCGCGUCCCGCGUAGCCAGCGCCCGAGCUGCCGCGCUCGCCAAGAGCACGCGGCGCCCCACAGCCUCGACAGCGGGGAGCGGUUCUCUUCAGUACAGCGGCCGGUCGAGCCUCGCGGGCUCGCGCCUCGGCAGCCGCAUCUCGUGCGCGUCGCCGGAAAGGGGACAGCUCGACGCGAGCGUCGGAGGCUGUCUCGUAGAUGACAGGGACGGGCGAUGGAGCCCGACCUCGCGUUUAGCUGCGAGAGAGCGAGCGAGCAGCGUCAUCUUGGACGAACGGGAAAGCGAAGAGAGCCUUCAGACUUUCCCUGGUCUCUUUACGCGCAAACCGUGUCCCGGGUCUUCCAGGGACGUAGUUGACAGUCCCGGCGAAGUUUCUGGGCGCCCUAACUCGGGCCUGGAGAGCGGGCUUCUCUCGACGGGUCAGGCGGCCGGGGAGACCCCGGCAGUGGAGCUCGCAGAAGAAGCCGCGACGAUGGCAGCGGAGACAGCUCUCGAACACGUCCCGGAGAGAGCGACCGAGCUUCUCCGGUUAAAUGCGGUGCUGACGCUUCAGCUUCUGAUGUAUCGGAUUCGAGGGAUGGGCGAGGCGGAAGGCGGCGGACUUUCGCGACCUCAGGGGAAAGGAGAGCUAGAGUCUGACGACCGGUGGGCGACGACGGAGACACCUGUAGAAACAGGACGGAGAAGUGGUGAACGAAGGAGUGCUCUCAACGGGCUCGCUGCAACGCCAAGCGGGGACAACGAGUCUGCUCACGGCUGGGACUCCGGAGGAAACGGCUUGGUGGCAGGGAAAGCGUUUUCAGAGGACGCGAAUGGCUGCCUCGGCAGCGUGUCAUUCCUGUUUCCCAUUCCUGCUGUCGUUGAAUCGCUGAAACGUGCGCAGGCGCCUUUCUGGCUGUAUGCAUACCUCAAGGAAGUCUUUCAGGCGUGCCCCGAAGCGACUAGGAACUACUAUCCUCUACAGAUGCGCCUGUUCCUGCGGUUUGCGCCUCACCUCUUGCUGUCUUUCCUUCAAGCGGCUGACGGCGGGUACGACUCCAACGAAGCUCUGGCUGUUUGUCGAAGUUGGGCGCGGCAUUCGGGAGAGGGUGCGGGGACGCCCAGUGUCGCGCCCUCUGGCUCCUCUCUCUCGUCGCUUUUCCCGUCCCUCGACUCUGCGUCGCCUCGCCAGCCUCCGGCGCUUCUCCACUGCGAAGCGUUUCUUCUCGGGCGUCUCGGCCGAUACAGCGAGGCGCUUCAUCUCCUCCUCGAGGAUCUGGCCGACAUCCCAGCCGCUGUUGCCCUCGCGUGGGAAAGCGCAAACCCGCGCGUCUGGGAAAUGCUCGUUGAAGGCGUCGUCCAGAGACCGUGCUUCAUCACAGAACUGCUGUCGGCGCUAGAGGACCACUUGGCGGCCUUCGCAGCGUACAGGCGAGACAAACUGCCGUGCUGGGAUGAGGCGCUGGGCGCCGCGGCUCUUCGCGGCCGAUCUGAGAGCUCGGGAGACGGCGAAUCCGCGACGCUCUGUGAAGACUCCGCGUUGCCCUCAGAGGCCAAGGUGCAAAAUGGGGACUGGGGCCCGCCCGUGUCUCCGCACGCUGCUGAGAUUGGCAGUUUCAAGGGCACACCAGAGGAUGUGUCCCUUCCCAAAGGCCUCCGUUCGGACAAGGGCCGUUCGUCACCUGGCUCUCCUGUCGCUUCAGAGUCUGCGUCGCCUGGGCCGCGAGGAAAUGGCGCGAUUCGCGAGCCUCCGCCCCCGCAGCCAUUUGACGGGAACGACCGCGCAGCGAGGCCUGACUCGGAUCCCACGCGGGGUCAGGUCUCGUCGCUCUUUGCAUUUUCCGCGAAGAAACGCCGGCGGACUGUAGAAGGCACCGCAGCGGAAGUCGCGGCGCGAGCGGCGGCGGCUGUUGCCCCGCUGGAGCUUCUGAAGCGUCUCCCGUCGCAUGCGCUGCGUCUGGUCCCGCGUCUCGAGAGGCGUCUGGUGGUGCUCUUCCAUCAGCGAGAACUGCGCGAUGAGUUCUGGGAAGCUGCAGAAAAGUGCCAAGAAGACGAUGUGCGCGAAUUGACCUCCGAGCUGUUUGUGAGGCGACGCCGCGGAGUGGCGGUGUGUCCUCGGUCUGCCGGUUUCCCGCCGAAGGACGAGGCGGACCCAGUCAGUGCACACCGCGCGAGGACUGAGACGCGAAGAGAGAGGGAGAGACAGCAGACGCGCCGACUCAUCGAAGCCAUUCGAAAGCGACUCAAAGAAUACCGAGGUGAAACUGACGAAGGCGACGCGGAUCAGGAGAAAAACGAGACGCCAGAUCCACGUGACGCCCGAGCGGAGACGCUGCGAAGGCCUCCCGAGGCGGACGACGCCGGGGACAGGCGCGCGACGGCGUCCACGAGUGGAGACCUUGGGUGGGGACACGCCGGAUCGUCAAUCAACAGCUACCGCCCUUCGCAGGGUCUUCAUGCCUCCGCGGAGAGAGGCUCGGACGCCUCGACGGGGUACCAGCCGGUGGACGAACGCGGUCAGAAAGGCAGGCUUUCCUGUGAAGGGCAAGCGGAGGAGAUCGAGCGAGACACCGAGGCCAGGGGAGACAGUGGGAGGAGUGGGCGAGGCGAGAGGAAGGGAACGGAGAGCGGGGUCGGGGAGGAGAAGAAGAAUCGCCACCAGAGUCUCCUCCGCUCCUUCCUCGUUCUCUCUGGAAGCUCCAGCGGGCGAAGUAACCGCAAACAGAGCAGCAGUCGGUGGCUUUGGGGCAGCUCGCCGCGGUGUGGCGCCCGUGGCCGGUCGACGGAAGACGCGCCUUCGGCUCCACCUCUGGGCGGCGAGGGGCGAGAAGACAAAGACGCUCUGGAUCGCCAAGAAGCGGCGGUGGAGGCACACGCCCAGGCACGGAGCGACGCGCGUGGUGGGGGGGAGAUGAGGGCGACACCCAGUGGGUGCGAAGGCGAGCAGUUUGCGCCAGCCGAGACGGGUUCGGCGACGGUGGGCGCCAGAGAGACCGGCGGGGGUUUUGAAGAAGAGUCGAAAAAGGGUCAGUGGGCCCAGCAGGAAGGCAAGACGGAAGGGGAGAAGGUGACGUUUUCUCACAAGACGCGACGCCUGCAGACUCUCCUGCAGGACUGGGGCGAUACAAGCGAGACGGGAAGGCAGAGGGGCGAAGACGCUCCCCUCUUUCUUCCUCCCUCGACGCGCUGCGUGAUCUGCAUGCAGAUCGUGGGCUUGUCGCCUGGCUGCCGGGUCGAGUGGCGAUGUUCGCCUUCGCUUUCCAAAGGGCCCUGCGUUCCAUUGCCGGCUGUCGCGGAGCGGUCGCCUGGCGGCUCCGCGUGUGCGCCGGAUCGUCUGUCUGCGGACAGGCCUGGAGGGCCUUUGUGGGGUUCAUCGCAGUCGGGCCCCGGUUCGGGAGGCGCGGCCAGACUCCGGAACCCAGCUGUGGCGGCUGUCGCAUUUUUCUGUGGACAUACAGCCCAUCUGGCGUGUUGUGUGGCAGCACAGGAAGUGGAUCCUGAGUUUCCCCACAGCUCCAGUACGCGUCCGCUCGUCGCUCUCGGUUUUCGCCAACUGGCUUUAGCCCCGCGCCGUGUCUCUGUCCGUGGACCUGGAGCCUCGCCGCGCCGCGCGCGUUCGCUGGGGCGUACCUUCGGACCCCGGACGGGCGAGGGUGGCGACGUGGCGAUCGUUGUGCCCGUAAAGGCGAGAGACGGGCGAACACGAGCAGACCACAGACCAGGGGAGGAAAUGUGCGCGGGUCGGGGAAACAGCCUCGCCUGUCCUGUUUGUCAGCACACGCCCUUGACGUCUUGGACUGCCGCCUGGUGCAGCUACGGCGAGAGGAACGCGGUUGCUCUGGGGACAGGCACGCACAGCCGAGAUUCCACCAAAAGCGGGAGAGGCUGCUUUCUCGAGGAAUAUUCGGGGCUCUUCGCACAAGACUUCAGAGGCGGAGACGGCGAGAACAAUUUGGCAUCCUCUGACUCUGUCGGACUCCCUCAGCACAUCGAGAAUGUGGUGAAUGGCCUUUGGUGA